UUAGGAUAUGAAAUUACUGAAAAGAUAAAUCCGGAUAGAUAAAUAUCCGAGGAUUCUGUUCGAUCUGCGAGGUUGCUGGCUGCAUACAUACCUCUGUCCUCCCGGUCAAAAAUUGCGGCGAGACAGAUUGAAGUUCCAAUCGAAUCCCGGAGUUCAUCGAUGGCAGAAGAGGCGGCGGCAUCCGCCGAGAUCAAGCCAGAGCAGGUCCAGGCCGCCAUGAUGGAUCGCACCCGCCUGAACUGCGGGCUAGAUGCCCAAAUCGCGAGAUGUCCAGGCGAAACCCGCCAGCAGCUGCGCGACCUGGCCAACACGCGCAUGCUCAAGGACGAGAUCUCCGCCGAGCUCUCCGACCUCGGCCGCAUCCUCGACGGCGUCACGCGCGGGAACCUCUCGGUCAUGGAGGAGAUCCCGCCGUCCCGGCUGGACGACCUCCUCGGCGUCCGGACGGAGCGGGUCGCCAGGUACCGCGGCGUCCCCAUCGGAAGGAGGAUGGACUUCGAAGCCGCGCGGCGCGCCUUCUUGUUCGUCCUCUCCGGAAAAGGCGGCAGCAUGGUCAUGGCGGCAUCGCCCGGUCAGCCGAACGCUGCUGCAACGGCAGCCGCCGAGGUAGGCGCCGGAGAUGCCGCUACGUCUCUCGCAGCGCUGGAGUUAGGAUCUGCCUCGACUCGCAGCCCCCACAUGUAAUUUGUUUUUGCUGCUAGGUUCAAUUAUUAGUCGGGAUUUGGGAAUCGAUCAAAUCUAUGAUUCGGUAGCAAUCGAUCUUUGGUUCUGUUUUGUAUCGGUAUCUGUUAAAGAAUUUCUCUGGAGCACACGCCAUGGGCAAUCCAUCUAGAACUAAUUAGUUGGUGUGAA